AUGUAUGCCCUGCCCGUGGGAAUCGUUUUCCUUUGCCUGGCGACGGUCACGGUCGCGUUGCGACUGUAUACGCGAUUGAAACUGGUGAGGAAACCGGGAUGGGAUGAUUUGUUGAUUGUAUUGUCGUUGGCGACUGAUGUGGUGUUCUUCGCUUUCCUUGUCAUAGAAAUCCAAAACGGCCUCGCCGAAAACGAAGCAGAUCUUGCUCCGGAGGUGGUGAGGAGGCAAUUAAAGGCCCUCUGGAUAACAAUCCCCCUCUACAACCUAACCCUCACCCUCACCAAGUUAUCUCUAAUCUUCCUCUACCGCCGCCUCUUCCCAACCCACACCUACCGCAUCCUUCUCAUCCUCACCCUCAUCUUCGUCAUCAUAACCGGCCUCUGGAUGGUCCUCAGUACCUUGAUAUUCUGUAUCCCCAUAAACGCCUUCUGGGAUACGUCUAUCCCGCAUACAUGUCUCCCCGAGGAUGUAGUAUGGUGUCUGAAUGCCGCGUUCCAGAUCACCACUGAUCUGAUACUCGUUGUGCUUCCCUUGCCCAUCCUGGCGAAUUUAAAUCUGCCGAAAAGGCAGAAGGCCGCGCUGUUGGUUAUUUUUGCAUUGGGGUUUUUUGUCUGCGCAACAAGCAUCGUCCGUCUAUCAACCAUCGUCCAUCUCCUCCGAGACCCAGACUUCACCUCAGGAAACGGCCUCGCCGCAACCUGGUCCUUCGUCGAAUCCAACGUCGCCAUAAUCUGCGCAUGUCUACCCCCUCUGCGCCCGCUCCUCGUGCGCAUCUUCCCCAAACUAAUCCCAUCACGAAUGCGCUCCUACCAGAGAGACAAAGACUCCAGAUCAAACAGUAAUCCCAACAACAACAAAGCAGCAGAAGCAGCCGCAGGCCAACCACCACCAACGAUAUCCAAAUCUCGGACUAGGAAGUCUCUCUCGAAGAGAGGGUCGAGGAAUGAGCCGGAACAUAUCGAUUUUGAUUUCUUGAGUGUGUAUGGGGCCGGUGGGAAUAUGUUUGCGCCGGGGAGUACGGUUUCGACGAGUGUGUGGGGGGAUGCGGGGAGUGUUAGGUCUGGGGUUGAGAAUGGGAAUAAGGAUGGGGAUGGGAAUGGGGGUGGAGAGGGGGAUAGUGGGGGAGAAGGGAUUCAGAUUAUGAGGGAGUUGAGGUGGGAUUCUGUUUCUGUUUCGGGGUCUGCGGAGGGGGCCAGUCAUGGGACUGGGGGUUGGGGGGAUGUGGAGGGGAGGUUGUCGGAGGGGACGAGGAGGUCGAGUGGUGCGCCGUUUUUGCAUCCGCAGUGGGUUGGGGGGAAUGGGUUUGAGUGGUAG